UAGUAGGGGUUCAGCUGUGAGGUGCUGGUACGAGCAGAGGAGCUUUCACAUACGGAUGAAAUCAGCGCAGAGAGGCUUAUUUUACAGUAGCAUUACCUUGUAGGCAGCAUUGUACAUCACUGGUUGGCACUGGGAUCUUUCUUGUUGUGGAGUACACGAUCAGAAGCAGCAAAUGUUUCCGGUCAGGCAGCCUUGGCUUUGCAAAGCCUUAGGUUGUUAUGAUUGCUGUAUCCGGUGCAUUGGGGCAGUGCCCUACCCAUCCCUGGUGGCCACCUUGCUGUGCUAUGCUGGCAUGGCGUUAUUUUGUGGCUGUGGGCACGAAGCUUUGGCCCAGACCGAAGUCCUCGUCUCGACUUACUUCGCCCGCAACAUUCAGGACUAUGAGGUCAUGGCCUCCUUUAUCAAAUAUUUCCAGUAUGUGAUCUAUGGCCUGGCAUCAUUUUUCUUCCUCUACGGCAUCCUGCUGCUGGCUGAGGGCUUCUACACCACAAGCGCUGUUAAGCAGACCUUCGGUGAAUUCAGGAGCACCCAAUGUGGCCGCUGCCUCAGCCUGACGUUUAUCAUAGUGACGUACAUCUUGGCCUUCAUCUGGCUGGCAGUGUUUGCCUUCACUGCUAUCCCAGUCUUCUUCUUGUUCAACAUGGAGCAGACCUGCCACAACAUCAACAUCCUGGCUGAAACAACCCCCAGCAUUAAUCAGCAUGGCUGGAUUUGCAUGGACGCCAGGCAGUAUGGUCUUCUUCCUUGGAAUGCGAUGCCAGGCAAGGCUUGUGGAAUGACCUUGGCAUCUAUUUGCAAAACCAGCGAAUUCUACGUCACCUAUGACUUGUACAUAGCUGCAUUUGCUGGUGCUGGAGUCACUCUUUUAGCACUGUUUCUGUAUCUGGUUCCUACAACCUACAAUUAUGCAGUCUUGCGGUUUCUGGGCAGGAAAGGAAUCCGCUAAGUACAACAUCUCCAUCCCAGUCAGCCCAAUCUUCUGGCUAUGAGAACGCUAGAUUUCCAUUCAUUCUCUUGGGAACAGCAACUUUCAAACCUGGAUCACCUGCUACUAUUUCUUUAGACCUGUCCAAUAACAGACACGUGUUUCUCAUCACUGUUUUGUAUGAACAACAGACAGAGAGAUGAAGAUGAUUCACCCCCAGCAGUGAGCUCUGAUCUUCUCCUCAAAUCCUUCUCUCAGAUGAUUCUCUUCGCUUUGUUGUUCAUUUUCGUCUUGCAGGUUGUUUCUCUCUUUUUUCCUUUCUCUGAGGCUUCAUUGGUGCCGAUGCUGUUGUCAGAUUGUGAUGUAUGAUGUUUCAUGAAUAAUUAAGAGUAAUGACAGCUUGCCUCGCAAAUCGUAACUGCCUGUACACCAUUCAGUGCUUACUGAUGCAUACAUAGGUUCUGAAUAUGAUUUUGUUGCUGCCUCAUUAUUACCAUCUUGUGUAUCAACAUUGUGUGAACUAAAGCAAAUGAAGCUGAACGUACCAAAGUUCUCUGCAAAGGUUAAAUGUGUCCUCCCAUCUCCCUCUUUGCUUUCGCUUACAAUAGAUGCACUUUGCAUUCCCUCAUAAUGCAUUUUUGCUUUGUUUAAAUCCCACUCUGUAGGGGGGGAAACAAUAUUUAUAUGCAUUUCAUGGAGGUUUUUCAGUUACUGCUUAAAAUAAGCUGUUUUUAUGUCACUGAGGUGUUGAUGCUUUAAUAACUUGCCUCCAAGUGUUUGAUGUGUAGCCCUGCUACUUAGUGUUUGUGCUUAUUUGAAAUUAAGGCUUAUUAAACCAUUUAAAUCUGAA